CUGACGUGUAGUUUCCCCACAACAGCUGUAACAUGAAGGAGUCCUAUGAGCCAUCGCUAGACCGCAACAUGUUUAUCUGAGACAAUCUACUAAUGAAUUCAGACGAGGAUGUCCUCCGACAUAGAGUUAUACACCGAAAAUCAUCCACAGUAUCCUGAAAUGGAAAGUGAGACAGGCAUCAUGUCUAUCGACCAGGGAGGAGAGUGGGACAUCAGCCUCUUUGAUGAGCUGUACAACCCGGGAGAUGCAGAUGAGCUGCUUCAGGCUCUGGAGUACGCUGGCUAUGCCAGUGAGGGUCCAGACCUGGACUUUGAUAUCGACAUACCGCCAUGGAAUGAAGUCGACACAAGCAGCACCUGCACAGAUGGUGAGGUGAGCGUGGACUCUCUGUCACCUGCCCACACUCUGAGCUCUGUCCCCUCUCCUGGCUCUGUGGAAGCACUGUCCCCAUACUUCUUACAAGAUGAGGCCCUGUCUCCACAAUCGCAGCCCUCUCCAGUUUCAGUCUGCUCAGAGUCCAGUGGCUUUUCUGUAAACUCUCCCCCAGCGAAGAAAACUCCAAAGAGGACCAGCCAGACCACACGAGCCAGACAAGCUCAGCCAAUCAAGAGGCCGAUUCAGAUUGGCCCGAAGGUUUCCAUCCAACCCAGACCGCUGAUCACAGCUGUGCCCCUGGCUCAUGCCGCAGCCCCCCUGCAGGCAAAGACAAUUAUCAUCCAGCCCCUGCAGACCACUGUGCUGCCUGUGGUCAAACAAGCUCCAAUCAGCAUCCAACCGGCGCCCUCUGCAGGACGUCCAUCCACCAUAUUGCUGUCUCAGCCGAGCCAGGUGCUUCAGAUCCAGACACCGCAAACUGUCACCGCCAAUGUGGUUGCCAUGCCAACGUUCAGCCAGGACAGGCCCGUCCCUGUCGCUGCUCCUUCAGCGGUCUCUGUCACGCUUCGAACCCCCUCCUCAGAUGAUGACUCAAAGUUGAACCAGAGGCAGCAGCGCAUGAUAAAGAACCGCGAGUCGGCGUCCCUGUCUCGGAAAAAGAAGAAAGACUAUCUGCUCUCGCUGGAAGCUCGCCUGAAACUGGCAUUGUCUGAGAACGAGCUGCUCAAGUGUGAGAAUGGCAGCCUCAAGAGGCAGCUGGAGGGCCUGCUGAGUGAGAACACAGUACUGAAGGUGACCGCGCCCAAGAGAAGAGCUGUGUGUCUCAUGGUGGUGUUGGUGUUUGUCAUGCUUAACGUGGGACCAAUGAGUGUGUUCCAGGGUGGCCCCAGCUCCGAGCUCGGAGUUAUCCCCGCGCAGCACGCCAGCAGACACCUGAUGGCAGUGGCGGGCCCCGAUUCCCUCGACAGCAGCCCCUCCGAGAUGGCCGACAGCUCUGAGGAUAAGGCCCUGAUGGUGGUGAAGGACCCUGUUUUCCUCAGACCACCUCCCCCCUGCCAGCCUCCUGUUAACAGGACCAAGUGUUUAGAGUUGGCCCAUGAGUUGAGGGGUUGGGUCCACCGUCAUGAAGUGCAGCAGACCAAAACCAGGCGCACGAGUAACAGCAAUCACAAACCCACCAGGACCAUUCUGAAAACACAGAAUAAAGAGGCUGACAGUGCCCAGAUCGUGACAGUCCAAUACACAGAAACUACUGAGGAGAAGAGUCCUGGCAGUGAGCUGCAGGUAUACUACGCACCUCAUCACACCUACAGUGACUUCUUUGAUGAGCUCAACCGUCGCGGGGACACUUUCUACGUGGUGUCUUUCCGCAGGGAUCAUCUUCUACUUCCUGCCACCAACCACAACAAAGGAAGUCGACCCAAGAUGUCUGUGGUGUUGCCAGCCAUGAACAUAAACGACAGCAUCAUAAGGGACAAAGACUACCAGGUGAUGAUGCAGAUUGACUGUGAAGUAACAGACACCAGGAUCAUCCACAUCAGGUCUUCCACCAUCCCACCUGUGCUCCGGGUCAACCACACAGACACUUUUUACCAGCACCCCUCCACGGACAGCCAGGCUGCUCCUCCUCCUCCUCCUGUUGGCGUGCUGAUGGGGUCUGCUUAAGAUCACCAGGGCCUGUUAUUUAAAAUUAACCCAUGAAGACAAACAGAAGAUAAGACCUCAGUUAACACUUUUUUUUGUGUGAUGAAGUAUAAUUUGAAUCCGUGAACCCCUGCUAACUUCCUGUUUUGGAUUUAGUUUCUAAUGAAUACAAAGGUAUCUCAAAUUGUCAGCACUAGUCAGGCGCAUUCUUUAUUAGGCCUGAUAUCCGGAGGUAGUGUGUAAUAGGGUCCGAGCAGACGCUUGCUCCUUGUGUGGCAACACUGACUUCUCCCUGUAACCCCAGACGCCCCGCAUAAGGGUAAUUGCUUAACGGUAGGGGGCUGAGCAUUGAACCCUGAGUCACCCCGUCAUAACACAAAUACUUUUACCCCAUAGCAGCUCUCCUCGUGUCUGCUUUUUCUUUCUGGGUUAUGAAUUUCGGGAACAAGCUGCAGAAGCAAGAGGAGAAACACAUUGAUUGGUAUUUGGGAUAUUAUUGUUUGGAAGUACAACAAAUAUCUGUGUUUGUAUCGUUACUACAAAUAGUCCCUUUUUAUAAUUUGUAGUCUGCUUGCCUCUCUAAUAAAGCAAAUUGUGAAAGCAGUGAAACAGUUAGAGAUUUUAGAUUUAUAACAAGCAGCAAAAGAGGCGUUCAGUAAUCUCAGGAAGUCAGGUGAUCUGUCAGGCUAACCACUUUGUUUGUUGGCUGGUUUCCAUUCAGGAUUUCAGGUGCUGCCUUUAUAGCACUGCAUUGAUGAAGAAUUUCAGUUUUUGGGUCUUUGCACUGUGCUUCUCUUAUAUUAAUGAACAGAUUCAGAUACUGUUCAUAUUUAUUUCUAUUAUUCUGUGACGGUAAGGCCAGCUCCUGUGGUGUGAUGUAGUUCACUCAUUUUUGCCGCCAAGAAUUACUGGUUUAAUAUUUUCUCUAUC